GAAGUGACAUCCCCUUCGACCAAUCGGGAAUGCCGGGUGGCGGCCGUUGGGUUGAGUGGAUGGCAGAGGAAGCUGAGCGGUAACGGAGAGCUGCUGCUGAGACCGAGAAGCAACCAUGGGGAACAGGGGGAUGGAGGAGCUCAUUCCCCUUGUCAACAAGCUCCAGGACGCCUUCAGCUCUAUAGGCCAGGCCUGCAACCUCGACCUGCCUCAGAUAGCCGUGGUGGGGGGACAGAGCGCCGGCAAGAGCUCCGUGCUCGAGAACUUCGUAGGCCGGGAUUUCCUUCCCCGUGGAUCUGGAAUCGUUACACGUCGUCCCCUCAUCCUUCAGCUCAUUUUUUCAAAAACGGAGUAUGCCGAGUUUCUGCACUGCAAGUCAAAGAAAUUUGUGGAUUUCGAUGAAGUUCGCCAGGAAAUCGAAGCGGAAACAGAACGGGCAACUGGAAGUAACAAAGGCAUUUCACCUGUGCCCAUUAACCUGCGGGUCUAUUCGCCUCACGUCUUGAGCCUGACCUUGAUUGAUCUCCCGGGGAUCACAAAGAUCCCUGUUGGUGACCAGCCGCAGGACAUUGAGUACCAAAUCAAGGACAUGAUCCUCCAGUUCAUCAGUCGAGACAGCUGUCUAAUCCUGGCUGUCACUCCAGCCAACACUGACCUGGCCAACUCCGAUGCCUUGAAAUUAUCAAAAGAGGUGGAUCCACAAGGCUUAAGGACGAUUGGUGUUAUAACAAAACUGGAUCUAAUGGACGAGGGAACUGACGCCAGAGAUAUUCUAGAGAAUAAACUGCUGCCAUUACGGAGAGGCUACAUUGGAGUGGUCAACAGAAGCCAGAAGGACAUUGAUGGUAAAAAGGAUAUCCGGGCGGCUCUCGCUGCUGAGAGAAAGUUCUUCCUCUCCCAUCCUGGGUACCGACAUAUUGCAGAUAGAAUGGGAACACCACAUCUACAGAAAACACUCAACCAGCAACUUACCAAUCACAUUCGGGAGACACUUCCUGCACUGCGGAGUAAACUUCAGAGCCAGAUGCUGUCCCUGGAGAAAGAGGUUGAAGAGUACAAGAACUUCCGACCGGAUGACCCCACGAGAAAAACAAAAGCUCUUCUCCAGAUGGUCCAACAGCUGGGGGUGGAUUUUGAGAAGAGAAUUGAGGGUUCUGGGGAUCAGGUGGACACCCUAGAGCUGUCUGGAGGUGCCAGAAUUAACCGAAUUUUCCAUGAACGCUUUCCAUUCGAGCUUGUCAAGAUGGAGUUUGACGAGAAGGAUCUACGACGAGAGAUCAGCUAUGCCAUUAAGAAUAUUCAUGGUGUAAGGACGGGUCUGUUUACACCAGAUAUGGCAUUUGAAGCCAUAGUAAAGAAGCAGGUAGUGAAACUAAAGGAGCCGUGUCUGAAAUGUGUGGAUCUGGUCAUCCAGGAACUGAUAAAUACUGUGCGACAAUGUACAACAAAGCUGGCUUCUUACCCAAGACUUCGAGAAGAGACCGAAAGGAUUGUCACAACAUACAUCCGAGAGAGAGAAGGCAAGACAAAAGAUCAAGUACUGCUACUAAUAGACAUUGAACUGUCUUACAUCAACACCAAUCACGAGGAUUUCAUUGGAUUUGCUAAUGCCCAACAAAGAAGCACGCAGCUCAACAAGAAGAGGACUGUCCCCAACCAGGGGGAGAUUUUGGUGAUCAGAAGAGGUUGGUUGACCAUCAAUAACAUCAGCAUCAUGAAAGGAGGCUCCAAGGAGUAUUGGUUCGUACUGACGGCAGAAUCCUUAUCCUGGUAUAAAGAUGAUGAGGAGAAAGAGAAGAAGUACAUGCUGCCUCUAGACAACCUGAAGAUCCGAGAUGUAGAGAAGGGAUUCAUGUCCAACAAGCACAUCUUUGGCAUUUUUAACACAGAGUCGAGAAACGUGUAUAAGGAUCUACGUCAAAUAGAACUCGCCUGUGAAUCUCAAGAGGACGUAGAUAGCUGGAAAGCCUCAUUCCUUCGAGCGGGAGUAUACCCUGAAAAAGACCAGACAGAAAAUGAAGACGAUGUACAAGAGAACACCUUCUCUAUGGAUCCCCAGCUGGAGAGACAAGUGGAGACCAUCCGGAAUUUGGUGGACUCCUACAUGGGAAUCAUCAACAAGUCCAUCCGUGACCUCAUGCCAAAGACCAUAAUGCACCUCAUGAUAAAUAAUGCAAAAGAUUUCAUUCACUCAGAGCUGCUGGCAUUUCUCUACUCAUCCACUGACCAGAACAGUUUGAUGGAGGAGUCUGCGGACCAGGCUCAGAGACGAGAUGAAAUGCUCAGGAUGUACCAUGCACUGAAGGAGGCUCUGCACAUUAUCGGGGAUAUUACCACUAGCACCAUCACCACCCCUGUCCCUCCUCCGGUGGAUGACGCCUGGCUGCAGAAUUCCAGCGGCGGGCAAAGGUUGGCAAAACCCUGUCCAGUUCCAAAUGUGCAGAGGAGGCCAGUUACCACCAUCAUGCCCCCCAGCCGUCCUCCUGCGGUCCGGGGUCCCACUCCAGGGCCCCCUCUCAUACCUGUGCCAGCAGGAGGUUCUGCAUACCCUCCUAUCCCUUCCCGCCCCGGCCCAGUGGCGGCGUUCCCUGCUGCUAACAAUGACCCUUUCUCUGCGCCUCCACAGAUCCCAUCCCGACCAGCUCGUAUCCCACCAGGUGUACCCCCUGGUGUGCCCAGCCGGAAACCACCCGCCGCCCCAAACCGGCCCACCAUAAUCCGACCUGCAGAGCCCUCCUUACUAGACUAAGCAUCGGGGACGGGCUCCAGGGGCAUAAGCGAGACAUAAAGGCUCUGUCGGAAAAGAGGGAUUAUAAGCUGGGCGUCCGUCUCCGUUAUCAGACGCCGUGCCCGCCCAGCCGUGUAAUCUGUCCCUGUUGUUGUUGACCAGCCCUAUAGAAAUAGACUUUCUCCAUCUCAUGAAAUCCAUUAGAUCGAUAAAUCUUUACACAAUGGCGCUCGUUAGUCUUACGCCUGAGUAGAUUUCUGAACUGGAACCUAAAGCGCAAGGGAUAGGAAGACA